AUGACGUCGGCCACCAAGGUGUACUACAGCCAGACCACGCAGACCGACAGCCGCCCCCGCCCGCUCAUCGGCUCGGGGCUGCGGCGACGCCGGGUGAUGACCAAGGAUGGUCGUAGCAACGUCAGGAUGGAGCACAUCGCCGACAAACGCUUCCUGUACCUCAAGGACCUGUGGACAACCUUCAUCGACAUGCAAUGGCGGUACAAGCUCAUCCUCUUCUCCGCCACCUUCGCCGGCACUUGGUUUGCUUUCGGUGUCAUCUGGUACUUGGUGGCCGUGGUUCAUGGUGACCUACUAGAGUUUGAUCCACCAGCCAACCAUACACCGUGUGUCAUGCAGGUCCACACCCUCACCGGUGCUUUCCUCUUCUCCUUGGAGUCUCAAACCACCAUUGGUUACGGUUUCCGUUACAUCAGUGAGGAAUGUCCCUUGGCCAUCGUCCUCCUCAUCACCCAACUCGUCCUGACCACCAUCAUGGAGAUCUUCAUCACUGGUACCUUCUUGGCUAAAAUCGCCCGACCUAAGAAACGGGCUGAGACCAUCAAAUUCAGUCAGAACGCGGUGGUGGCUCAACACAACGGGAAGACCUGUCUGAUGAUCCGAGUGGCCAACAUGCGCAAGAGUCUCCUCAUCGGCUGCCAGGUGACGGGGAAACUCCUCCAGACCCACCUGACCAAGGAAGGUGAGAGCGUUCGCCUCAACCAAGUCAACGUAGACUUCCAAGUGGACACUUCAUCUGACAGCCCUUUCCUCAUCUUACCCCUCACCUUCUACCACGUGGUAGAUGAUGACAGUCCCUUCCGUGACGUGGCCCUAAGGACGGGUGAAGGUGACUUUGAGUUGGUGGUCAUCCUCAGUGGUACCGUGGAAUCCACCAGCGCCACGUGCCAGGUGCGUACGUCCUACCUGCCCGAGGAGAUCCUCUGGGGUUACGAGUUCACUCCGGCCAUCUCCCUCUCGGCCAGCGGGAAAUACGUGGCUGAUUUCAGCCUCUUUGACCAAGUGGUGAAGGUGACGGUGCCGUGUUGUCUCCACGAGACCGUCCGGUUUGGAGACCCCGAGAAGGUGAAGCUGGAGGAGUCGCUGAGGGAGGCGGCGGAACGGGAACAACGGGAGGGAGCCCCCCUCAGUGUCCGCAUCAGCAACGUCUGA